AUGGAGAAGUUGUUGAUCACAUUUGUUUUGAUUGUGCUUAUUAAACAAAUAAAAUGUACAGAACCCACAGGGCUCAAAGUUGUUACCACAAGCCAAAACUCAAUCACAGUUAGUUGGGACCAGCUUUCUUCUGUCUCAGGAUACAAGAUAAGAUAUGCAAAAUCUAAUAGUAAUGAUCAGAAGUAUAUGACCGUAAGUUCUGAUCAAAGAGAGGUUGAAAUAACUGAGCUCAAGAAGAACACUGCAUAUAACAUUCAGGUUGCUGGAAUAUAUUUGGUGGAUGGAAAUGAAAAAGAUGGGCCAUAUUCAAACAACGUGGAGGGCAGAACAUUGUCACAUAAAUACGAUGAUCCUUGUGAUCCCAAUCCAUGUCAAAAUGGAGGAACAUGUCAAGUUGAUGAUCAGAGACCUAGCCAUUCUUCCCUUCGUAUUUACUGUCAAUGUACUGAACAUUUCAUUGGUGAAUUUUGUGCUGUACCAAAAAAUGGAGAUUGUCAGGAAGCACUAGGGAUGGAAGAUUAUGGAAUACCCAACGAACAAGUGCGAGCAUCUUCAGAAUGGAACUCCAACCAUGCCGCCAUUCAGGGACGGCUCCAUUACAAACCACCGUCAGGCAAACAAGGAGCAUGGUCUGCCAAAGAAAACGAUAAAAAUCAGUGGCUUCAGAUUGAUCUGGGAAGUGUGUUCACCAGGGUGACAGGUGUUGCAACUCAAGGUCGAUAUAACUAUAACCAGUGGGUGACAACGUACAAGCUGCAGUACAGUAAGGAUGGUUCUACCUUCACCUCAUACAAAGACCCUGAACAAGCUGCAGACAAGGUUUUUGAUGGAAACACCGACCCGAACACAGUUGUCGGUCAUGUCCUCAACGAAUCAAUUACGGCUCGUUACAUCCGUUUUCGACCAGUGACUUGGUCAAGGCACAUCUCAAUGAGAGUGGAGUUGUAUGGUUGCUCAGACUUUCCAUGCCAAAGUCCGGAUGUGGGCCUGCCAAAUAUCUCACCAAAUGCAUCUUCCGACGUGAGCAUUCACAGAUUAAGACAGUUUACAAUAGAAUCUGAAAUCAAAUUGCAUUGUGAGUUAUCUGACAAAACAUCAUUCCUCUGGCGUGUUUAUAAACUGGGUGAAGAAGAUACACCAUUACUUUCAAGAAAUAGCUUCUCAGAAUUACAGAUCACACCACGCUUGUUGCCAGUUGGUGAAUUCUUGGUUAAACUCAAUGUCAGCAUGAUAGGACCAGCAAUUUUUGGGGUCAGCCAGGGUUAUUUCGAGGUGGUGAGUAGCCCUUUAGUGGCAUCCAUCACUGGAGGAAGCAAGGUGGCCAGAGGACUGGAAAGAACAUUGAUUUUUGAUGCAUCCCUUUCAUAUGAUCCUGAUGAAGAGAAUCUGCAAUUUUCAGGCCUCAACUUUACCUGGCUAUGCAGAGGAGAGUCGCCUUUGGAUCUUAAUAAUUCAGAUGAGGCAGGAUGUUAUUAUAGGGCUGGUGAUAAAGAAUAUGUUGGACAUGAACUUAGAGUAAACAACAGUCUUAUGACAGAAAACACCUCAUACUUCAUAACAGUACAGGUUACAAGGGAUGAAAGGAAAGCUGAGUACACUCAGGAAGUGUUUAUCGUUCCUGGUGACCCACCAGAAGUGCAAAUCAGGUGUGUUGAAAACUGCGAUGCCAAACUGAAUCCAUCUGGGAGAGUGGCUUUACAGGGCAUGUGUACAGGUGCCUCAUGUCAUGGUAACCUUAUCUUCAAGUGGACGGUUUUAAAAGACUUGAAUAACUCUUCAAACAGUUCACAAUGGACUGAGGUUUUAGAAAUACAAGAGUUGAUAAGUACUCGAGUUUCAUCAAAAUCUCUCGUCACUAAGCCUGGAGUGCUGACACCCGAUACCAGGUAUAAAUUUAUAUUGACUGCACAACGACCAGGUGGAUACCGCGGGUAUUCCGAGUACCACGUGACCUCAAACAGUCCCCCUGUUGGAGGAGUAUGCAAUGUGAGCCAAAUAUCAGGAGUUGCUCUUAUAACAGAGUUUACUUUUACUUGUGAUAAUUGGCAGGAUCCAGAUCUUCAGUUGCAGUAUGAAUUUAUUUACCUCAGAAGUAACGAUCUUCUAAAUGUGGCGUACAAAGGAGUAAAAACUAGUUUAACAACCAAACUUCCUGCUGGAGAGAGUGAAAAUAACUUUACCAUCGACUUUCGCGUGCGAGUGGUUGACAUUUUGGGGGCAUACACUGAAAUGAGGACUCCUGUGCAGGUUUCUGAGCCCAGUAUUGAUCCAAAAGACCUUGUCGAUGUUGUCACCAACCUCACGUCUGGCGAUGAAAGUGAACUGAACUCCUUGAUCAAGUCAGGUGAUGUGUCACGUGCCACACAAUUGGCCGCAGCAGUCCUUUCGGCCGUUGAUUUUGUUACGCAAUCAGAAUCUGCAGAAAGUCAGGCGCAGGAGCUCACAGAGAAAAAAAUUAUGAUAAAAUCAAACAUCAUACAACAGCUUUCAACCGUCCCAGUAGAUACUGUCGUUAGAGUCCAGCAGGUAUCGAAUGUGAUAGCCUCUGCCAGCUCAGUCAUCGCCGAGAUUACCAACGAAGCACAGAAAGAUGCAACGGAUGCACUCGAAAAGAUGGCUGUAGUAUUGAAGACGGCGAGUGAAGCUGGACAAAGUUACGACACACUAUUUGAUGGUGUGAAAAGUCUUGUAACUGGACUUGGGAGCAUGCUCAGGCUAACUUCACACGGAGCUAGUCUGGAAAAUGCUGUGUCACAUGAAGAGUCUCAAAUGAAAGCUAACUUUAUAACUGCAUAUAAAGGACGCUUGUCUAAGAAUCUAAAGGGGAAUCUCAAAUCGAGAACUUCUUUGUCUAAUAAAUUGGGUAGGAGGACCAAAAGGGACGGUGCUGACGUACAGCUGCAGGCUCGUGUCCAAGUUGAGACUCUACUUCAUUCCUUGGAGGAAGUCGGAAGCACCAUCUUGUCCCGGACUCUCGUUGGAGAAGAGCCAAAAGAGCUUCCAGCCCAGGCAAUGUCCCUGCUAGUGUCGCGACAGGAGCCUAAUUCACUCGCUGGGACUGUUUUGUCAAAUAAAGGGAACAGUUUUCAGCUUCCUUCGGCCUCCAAAUUGUUUGACAAUUCUGGCCACUUUGUAGAUAGCCAG